CCGCCUUUUUCCGCUGCAUAUUGCUUUGAGUUACCUUUGGUUGAAAAAGAAAUGAAAGCCUGGAAUUACUUAUCCUCGGGCUGGACGAAUUUCGCCUUGCCCACCAACAUUCAAAAACGACUUUAUAAAUUCCUACUGCGGAAAGCCAUUGGUCAGUUCUUGACCAAUGAACUCGAUCUCGAUAACUUUGACAUUGAACUCGUCAAUGGCUCUGUCGAAUUGCGAGAUCUAGACCUUAAUCUACAGACCCUGAAUGAGUGUAUAAUCGAUACCCCAUUUGAACUGGUGGGAGGACGGGUGGCAAGCAUAAGCGCAUCCUUGCCGUGGGCCAAUUUUUGGAGCGGAGAUAUCGCUCUCAAGAUGCAUGGUCUGCAUUUGACGAUUCAACCAACGAAAAAAAGACCCAAGCCAAAGACCCAAGCAGCUGACGAUGAAUCGCCUAUAAUGUCAUCCUCGCUCCAUUUCGCUGAUGAUUUUUUAAGGACAGAAAUGGAACCUGACCAAAACCAAGAACUUCGGCAGUCCAUUCAACAGCUGCAUGAACAAGAAGAUACUCAGGACACUAUGGAUAUGGACGUCGAAGGUCUUCAAGUGUUGACUCGUGUGAUAGACAAAAUGCUCGCCAAAGUCAAGAUUGACGUUGUGGAUACUCUUGUCCGCAUCAGUCACACAUCAGCUGCUUUAAUGCCACCUGAUCGCCACUCACCUACCAUGGCCCCAGUGCAAGACCGUUACUAUCUCGAUAUCCAUAUUCCAAAGAUUGCAUAUUUUGAUGAAACGCCCGAUUUUGUGAAUCACUCAUCAACCGCGCAACCACCACCCCCACCACCGCCCUCCGCUUCGGUCGCGGAAUCCAGUAUCCUUCUACCGCCCACACCUAACCAAACUGUCAAAGUGAUCACAUUUUCUUCCCCCACCAUCUCCAUUCGAUCUCAUUGCCAUUCGCAAACCGCUUCCCCCAUACCUGACUAUCAUUCUAUGGGUAGUCACAACAACGAGAGCCCCACGGUUCACCUGGACGAAGAGGAUUUGUCACAAACCGAGUUUUAUGAAGCUGAAGAACGACAUAGUUCGUUGUAUCAAUCAUCUCUACCCUUCACUGACACCAUGAGCCAUCCCACAUCUCGCACUCGUACUACUUGUUCAGAAAUCCCUCCCAGACCUUAUGACGCUCUCCUUUUCGCCAGUCUUGGCACCGACGACUUUAUUCGGUUGACCCUCCGUCCGUCUUACAAUUAUCCAUCUGCCACUGUGGAUCCGACCUCGGGAUCGGCUAUCAAACAAAUUGAAUUGUUGAUUAGCCAUAUACGAACCGUGACCACCCCUCGUCAAAUCGCCUUUCUUCUUGAACUGUUCAAUACCAUAUCCGAUACUCUGCCAUCAUCUGUCAAUGCUACUGAUAGUCAAUCGAACACUCAACCGUCCAUGCGUCGAGAAGGUUCUCGAGACAACUUUACUCAACAACUUGACCAGUUAAUUUAUCACCCACUGCCAUCCGAUCCUUCGCAUGAUUCCCUUUUUAAUACCUUCAAGAAGCCGGACUUCACUUCACUGCCCGCACGUUCCUCUCCCCAAGUGCCAACCACCGCAUCGAGCUUGUCCAGCUCUGUUCAUCCUCCGCGUGGCACAUCUUCCCCUGACAUCAAAUUCAAAUGCCAAAUAUCCAAAUUCGAGUCCUUCUUCUUGUAUGACGAUGACCCAGACUCAUCGCACAGUCAGUGGACGAACACGGAAUCCACGCCAGCCACUACGGUCAGUCACUUGAAGCUCGCGCUCCAUCAGAUGAUUGUUCGCAUCCAACGGUUUCCGACCAACGAAUCCUCCUCGUCCGCUCCAACUCGACCUCCCUCUCAUCGUCCUCCACGCUCUUCCCCGUCCGACAUGAAAUAUCCGAACCCAUCUUCCUCCGUUUCUGCUCUGUCAUCUGUCAUUGAUUUCCGUAUAUCGGACAUUAGCUUCGAUGAAUGGAUUAAAAGACCCAACUCAUCCACGCGUGGACGAUCGUUUACAGAGAACCAUCCUUCCUCUUAUCAAACACGUUACGACUGCUACAACCCCGUGCUUGAAUUCGAUCGAUCGAUUCGCCAAGAUUACAAUGAUGAUGUAGAGUUUCCGUGCUAUGCUCCCCAUCUAUCUCGCGGAAACCACCAUACCAGUAGAGUGGAAGCAAUCCGAAUACGAAUGGAAACCAGUCAAUCAAAGGAGACAAACCGGUUUAUGCAUGCGACAUCGAUGGAACAGGAGACCAAUGCCGACCUGCAACCAUUCACAUUGCAUGUGGAUCCUCGCAUACUGGAUCGACUGGAAAAUUAUAUUGACGCUGUUAUGCACGUCAACGAUAAGCGAAAGCAAGAGGACAAGCCUGAAAGCAAUAGUCACCAUGGCUAUGGCCAAAAUAUUUGCAAAGAUUUGGAUUUAGCAUCGCAACGUCAUCGGCAACGGAAGAAAUCUCGCAUACGGUGUGCAUUUAUCCGUGUGUUGCUUUAUGUGCCGGACAUGAGUGAUGCGACGAGUCGAGAAACGGUCGUCAGCGAUCGUAUUCACGCCGACUUGUUGAGUGUGGAUCUGAAAAAGAUAACGGCCACGUGGAGUUCGAUCUGCGAUGCACCGGAUACCCCAGGAGAAGACUGUUCACCACUCGGGCCACGGGGUGCUUCGCCAUACCAACGAUUCCAAAAUACCCAAUUGGAUUCCGAACCUCAACAACAACCCAUCAAAGUGAAUGUGGAAAUCAACUGUAUCAAUGUAUUUAUGAAGUCCUGUGACGAUGAGUUGACUCGUUGUUGGUUUACCGCCAAGACCAUUGCUCCGGAGCAAGUGGCUCGAUCAAAUGCGUUUUCGACCUCGCUAUCACCGAGUUUUGAAAUCACGCUGCGAUCGUCGGGCUUGAAUCCGAUAUCCUCGGCGAGACCUGGAUAUUUUGGUGCUGGAUCCGAUAUUCCCUCCAAUUUAUUCGAUCAUUUGAAUCGAAACGAAGCAUUUGACGGCGAACAAAAGCUGCAUGUCCCCAUGGAAGAUCAAGCCGACUCGGCCAUGAUGUUCAAGCAAAGAACCGUGGAAACUUCGCUUGUAGUGGUGAAUUGCUAUUUCCCAAAGACAAGGAUGCUGUUGCAGAAAAAAGUAUGGGACACGGUUCAAAUUGUGCAGAAUGAUCUUUUGCUGUGGCAACCUCGAUUUCUGGCACGGUUACCGAUCAACCCCCCCUCGCCUUCCAACUACCAAGAUGCAUCCAGUGAUACGUAUUCGGAAUACCACGGACUGGAUUCGAUGGAAGGCAUUCACCCCAUGAAGGCAUCCAGUAUUCUUAGUCAGAGCCAGGAACGUUUAGGUCCACAUCAACUGGCUCAGGAGUCAAGCCUACUAGCAUUGGUCGCUGUGAUCGGGGAUGCCGUGUGGGAUCUCUGCUAUCCUGUCGACUCUGAAACGGAUGCGAUCUAUCGGGCCCAUUUGUCAGAAUUCCGAUAUUUUGCGGUCAUCAAACAUUUGGGCAUGAACGAAAAUAUCACCACUUUAGACAUUGACGAACUUACACUGGAUGACAUUUCCGACAGUUACCAUGCUGUCCCUCUCUUGUAUAAAACAAUACCAAAGGUUAUUAAUGUUAAACGAAACACACCAAUGGUAUCUUUAUUUUCGCGUCUCAUCACGAAUCCCGAUCUGAACAAGCAAACGAAAAUGACGAGUAUUGUGGUUUGCAAUCUGUGCCAUCGAUUUAACGGGGAUGCCAGCUUUAUCGACAAUCUGGUGUCAUUCCAAAAAGCACCGGAUAACAUGGUAUUCAUUGACCCGCCCGCUCAAUACAUCAAAGUCUAUGCCCACGUCCUCGAUACAUCGAUCGAUUAUAAACCAUUAUAUAUUCCAUCACGGGGCGUGCUGGUGAUAGACGAUUUUCGAGUUGUUACGGGGUUGACUCUUGGACAACCAAUCAUUGAUGUGCAAACGUAUGUUCAGAAUAUCGAGCUGCUUCUGAUAGAUGAUGUGGCCGAAUUGAAUAAAGCCUCGGACACGGCGGGAAUGGAGCAUCAAGCACCCAAGAGCAUGGAUGCUCGAAAGUACUGGUCCAGUUUGGGUUUAUCCUGCGUCCUGUCAAUGAAACACCUUGAAACUCGGGUCAAGAUCAAAGCCGACGAUGCAAUACGAGCCCCCAAUUUUGAUAUCCAUUUGGUGAACAACAUUAUUACUUUGGAAGGCUGUGCCGAUUCUUUUCAAUCGUUUCUCAGCUUCAUUACCUAUAUUACCAACGAUGGAGAUCGCAUGCAUUUAGCGAAAUCGAAAAAAGAAGACGGAGUAUCCUCUGCAGAUGAGCCACCACGACCUCACGAGGAGAAAAAGAGGCAGAAAUCGCAUGUAUCAAUGACCACCGCCAAAAGUGAAAACAUGUUGGCGAGCGUCGAUGAAGACACGUUUCGUCAUAUCUCGGAUGCGCGACAUGUGAAACGAAACGAGGCGGCUAGACCCCCCAAGGAGUUGAAUAUUUUGGAAGGCUAUUACUCGAAUCGCGGAAAACCCACGCCCAGUCCUCCGACCGGGUCCAUUACUCAUCUCAGCAGUUUUAGCCAUUUAGCCCGUCGACCGCCCAAGCCGCGAAGACGGCAUGCGCCCAAGCCCAGUGACGAUAAAAUCCGCGUCCUCGCCACCGACACACAUCAGUUGGAGUUUGUGGAAGAUUAUUACAGUACGAACAAGAGAGCUCAUGUCAAGAAGUCGGUGGUAGAUGUGCGCAAUGCGCUCGUGUCGGUGCGAGUGAACGACUUUGACAUUUUAUGGAAGUUGUUCGAUGGGUACGACUGGGCCUACAUUCGUUCCAAUCUCACCAACCGAUUUUACGGAGAACCGACGGUGAAACCGACGCAAAGCACUUCAUCUUCCACCACCACGCGGUAUGGUAGUGGCGAACCCAUGUCACGUACCAGCAGUGUGGACAGCGGACCAUCCAUCCGAUCAGGCCAUCGCCCGUCGUCCUUUAUUCCGCAUACACCGUCAUUCUCCGUGUCGUCCGACUUUAGCUUUGAAUCGGUACGUUCCGAUGGAAUAGCACAUUCGGACGAACGAAGAAAUUCGUACCCUAGUCAGGCGCCGCCCCACGUAUCGCCUGAUGCCCGAUCGUAUCGUUCGUCACGCAAACACAAGCGAUAUGGACAACGCUCCCGUCAAGCCAAAGUGGAAAUCCGACUACUCGGAAUUUCAGUAGAUUUCGAUCUGAUGCCAGCGACGGAGCAAAUUGGAUUUCAUUGUUGGUUGACCGUGCGCGAUGUGGAAAUCAUUGAUAAUAUUGAGACAUCAUCGUGGAAGAUGUUUCUUGGUUACAUGCGGCCUGAUGCGUCGGCGAUCCCUCGCGAAAGAGAUUCCAAUAUGGUGGAUGUCAGUAUCACUGGUAUUCGUCCGGUGACACAAGAUCCAACGCAAGAACUUCGGCUCAAAAUCAAAUUACUGCCUAUUCGACUGUACGUGGACCAAGACGCACUAAACUUUCUCGUAAAGUAUUUUACAUUUGACAAGUCUCAUUUGCGAUCGACCGCCGCCACCAAUGACGCCAUUGCUCGCUUUCAAGAGCCAUCAGUGGACACGCGCCACGAUCCAUCCGCUACUGAUGAUGGCGCAUUUUUCCAACAUGUGGAGAUUUAUCCCAUUACGCUCAAAGUGGACUACAAGGCCAAAUACAUCAAUUACGGCAAUAUCAAGGAAGGCCAACUUUUGGAAUUGAUCAAUCUGUUCAACCUGGAUGGGGCGGAAAUGAAAUUGACCCAUAUUCGCUUGACAGGUGUAAAGGGAAUGUCACGAUUGGCGGAUAAAGUAGGACAAGAAUGGUUACCGCACAUUAAGAAAACCCAAGUCCCGCAUAUGGUGUCAGGCGUUGGACCUAUGCGAUCCAUCGUGAAUAUCGGCAGUGGUGUAGCUGAUCUCAUUCUAUUACCUUAUCAGCAGUACAAAAAGGACGGCCGCAUUGUGAAAGGUAUCCAAAAGGGCACCCAAUCCUUUGCCAGAGCUACGGCGAUAGAAGCGAUCAAGCUAAGUGCUCGAUUUGCAUCGGGAACGCAAGUCAUCUUGGAACAUGCCGAUGGUUUACUGUCAUCCGGAACGCCGUCUGUCGACUAUGCUAUCACGGAAACAGCUAUCAGUGGAUCACCCGACUCGCAGUUUGUCUUUGCCCAUUUAACGGAACGGGAUGUGACCGAUGCUGACACGGCUGGUUCUUCCAGUGGGAAAACAGCGGGUGGCCGUGUGAGCAAGUUUGCUGAUCAGCCAAGCGACGUGUCUCAGGGAUUCCAAUACGCUUAUCAGAGUCUAAGCAAAAAUCUGGGUUCGGCAGCUCAAACCAUCUUUGCCGUGCCGACUGAAAUCCGCGACCGAAGUCAAGGCCAAGGCAACGCGGCAAGGACCGUCAUCAAAGCCGUACCCGUGGCCGUCAUCAAACCGAUGAUUGGAUUAACGGGAGCCCUUCAAAGCGUAUUGAUGGGUCUUCGUAACAGUAUUGACCCGGUCAUGCGACUGCAAAGUGAAGACAAAUACAAAAGACGAACAUGAGGUGGGCAAUUUCAUUACUCUCCACUUACUGUAUUUUAUUCAAGUGUGAUCUUUCCUGCAAUUUAUUUAUACGCUUAAUAUUUAUUUAUUGGUUAUCGUUAUUGUUCUUCGUAUAUCUCCAUUUCAUCAUCAACAUCAAACUUGCUUGAUUUUUUAUGCUCGGGAAAUCGAGUAUUUCGUAGAUGAAUCAAAUGAAUCAGAG